GAACCAAAGAGGGGGACUUUGUUGUGUCCCUAAUGAAAGAAUUGAAAGCACACCUUAUAAAGACACUUGAACAAUUACAUGCAAAGGGUGUUUUGACAUUCAUCGGUCAAACCAAUCGUAACCAUACAGCUAUUUAUCCUCUUGGGACAGUAAGCAUUGAUGACAGCACACGUAGACCAAACAUACAUUUAAGACUUGGUGCUCCUCUAUGCACUGUUGAUGUCGAUCUGUGGUUCUGUGUGGAAGGAAGAACUACCAAAUUAGGACAUCAUGUGAUGAUCCCAAUUGAUGAAUCUGAAACCUUUAAACAAGAUUUCUGGAAAGAAAUUGUAGUAGAGCGCCCAAACGAUGAUAGAUAUAUAUUGACUGAUCCCCAUAAGCAAUUAUUAUGCACUCUGAAAUUGAUAUCACACAUAUAUAACAUGUUGGUGAACAAAGGUGAAUUACCCCAGACAAUACAAACUACAUGUAUUUCAUCAACUUCUUAUCUUAGCACAAUUGCACUACAUCAUCAGAAAACAUGUAUCUCAGACAGUGUUGGGGAGUGUUUCACUAACAUUGUAAACUCAGAAAGUGUAAAAUUGUUGGAUGAAUGCAGUGCAAAUUCUUUUCAUGUCUAUACACAAGACAUGUUCUACCCUGGAAGGAGAAUUUAUAGUGAUAAAGCUUAUACGAUAAC